GGCCUGAGGGCAGCGGGCGACAUGGCUGCCGAGGGGGACCUGGAGGCGCUGGCCGCCGCGCGGCCGCUGCUCACGGACCUCUACCAGGUCACCAUGGCGCUGGGCUACUGGCGCGCGGGCCGGGCGCGCGACGCCGCCGAGUUCGAGCUCUUCUUCCGCCGCUGCCCGUUCGGCGGCGCCUUCGCGCUGUUCGCGGGGCUGCGCGACUGCGUGCGCUUCCUGCGCGCCUUCCGCCUGCGGGACGCAGACGUGCGGUUCCUGGCCUCGGCGCUGCCCCCAGACACGGACCCCGCGUUCUUCGAGCACCUUCGGGCUCUCGAUUGCUCCGGGGUGACGGUGCGGGCCCUGCCCGAGGGCUCCCUCGCCUUCCCGGGCGUGCCGCUGCUGCAGGUGUCCGGGCCGCUCUUGGUGGUGCAGCUGCUGGAGACGCCGCUCCUCUGCCUGGUGGGCUACGCCAGCCUCGUGGCCACCAGUGCUGCACGGCUUCGGCUGAUCGCAGGACCAGAGAAGCGGCUGAUGGAGAUGGGUCUGCGGCGGGCCCAGGGCCCAGACGGCGGCCUCACUGCCUCCACCUACAGCUACCUGGGCGGUUUCGACAGCAGCAGCAAUGUGCUUGCCGGACAGCUGCGGGGGGUGCCCGUGACCGGGACCCUGGCCCACUCGUUCGUCACUUCCUUUUCGGGCAGUGAGGUGCCCCCUGACCCGAUGUUGGCCCCAGCUGCCGGGGAGGGACCUGGGGUGGACCUGGCUGCCAGUGCGAAGGUGUGGCUGGCGCGUGUGUGCGCCCACCUGGAGCUGGGGGUGCAGGAGCCGCACCCCGGGGAGCGAGCCGCCUUCGUGGCCUAUGCCCUGGCCUUUCCCCGGGCCUUCCAGGGCCUGCUGGACUCCUACAGUGUGCGGAGGAGCGGCCUCCCCAACUUCCUGGCGGUUGCCCUGGCCCUGGCGGAGCUGGGCUACCGGGCAGUGGGAGUGAGGCUGGACAGCGGUGACCUCCUUCAGCAGGCCCGGGAGGUCCGGGAGGUCCUGCAGACCACUGCCGCUCAUUUCCAGGUGCCCUGGCUGGAGCGGCUGUGCAUCACAGUCAGUAACAACGUCGAUGAGGAGGCGCUGGCCCGGCUGGCCCAGGAGGGCAGUGAGGUAAACGUCGUCGGCAUCGGCACCAGCGUGGUCACCUGCCCCCAACAGCCUUCCCUGGGCUGCGUCUACAAGCUGGUGUCCGUGGGGGGCCAGCCUCGGAUGAAGCUCACCGAGGACCCCGAGAAGCAGACGCUGCCGGGCAGCAAGGCUGCCUUCCGGCUCCUGGGUGCUGACGGGGCCCUGCUGUCCGACGUGCUGCAGUUGGUGGAAGAGCCGCCGCCCCAGGCUGGGCAGGAGCUGAGGGUGUGGCCUCGAGGGGCCCGGGAGCCCUGCACGGUGACACCAGCCCAGGUGGAGCCACUGCUGCAACUCUGGGUGCAGAAGGGACAGCUGUGCCAGCCGCUGCCGUCCCUGGCCGAGUCGCGAGCGUUCGCCCAGCUGUCCCUGAGCCGCCUCGGCCUGGCGCACAGGUGGUUGCACGGCCCUGAGCUGUACCAGGUGGCGCUGUCCGAGAAGCUUCAGGCCCUGGUGGACAGUCUGAGCGCCAGGGGCUCCCCGUGAAAGUCGGAGGCGAGGGGGCUUUCUGGAAACAGCACGAUCGCUCGCUGGCCUCCA